AAAACCGCUAGCAGAAGUCAUUUCGCGUUCGAUUAGGAUUCUUGUUUUGCUUCGUUUAAUCCAUUUGCAAAAGGUUUUUAUUUAAUCCAAAUCAGUUUAAAAUGAAAUAAAGAGUUACAAAACAGAUUCGUGCAAACAUCACUAUUCGUGAAUUGAACAGAAUACUGAAAAGUUUGGUUGUUUAAAUCAUCAAACAGCAUUCUCGCGUCGUUUUUCUUUCAUUUUGCUGGCUGACUGCGAAAACGUUUGGAAAAUUAUUUUGUCAUAUUCUCGUUUGCUGCUUCUGAUGCGGUUAUUCUGAAGACCUGUAUGCUGUGCGCUGCCAGUGGCUAGUGGCUCUCCCGCCGGCGGUAAAUUACUCAAAACUGCAUGCCACAAGAUGUCUGCUGAGGAGAACGUAAAAUCAUUGUCUGAAAUUACUGGACUCAAAACGGAACAGGCAUCCUCUCUCUUGUCCGCCUAUAACGGUAAUGUAGAAGGAGCUAUCAAUGCGUUUUUCGAGAAUCCGGAAGGUAUUCUAAAUCCGGAGCCUCCGGUUGUGGUGGAAGAUGACGAAGAUAAUGUACGAGCCCCGAUACCAAGGAAAACAGAAAUUUUGCUGCCUCCGUCCGAAACAAGCCGUGGCAGAUUAAAGCGACGAGGUGCCACAAUCACGGAGGUUCCAUUUCGGAAUUUCGAACUUGAAGGUAAACUGCAGGAACAAAUGCUCAUGCAAGGGCAAGGACCGUCAUCAAAGAAAAUUACUCGAUUAGAAGCAUUGUUUAUGCCACCAUUUGAAAUACUUUUCUCUGGCAAUUUCGAUAUGGCUCAACGACAUGGAAAAAGUGUAGACAAAUGGAUUCUAGUAAACCUUCAGGAUGAUUUGAACUUUACUUGCCAAAUACUGAACCGGGAUCUGUGGUCGGAUGCAAAGCUAAAAGAUUUUCUCCGAAUUCAUCUCAUCUUUUGGCAGACGUCUAACAAAACAACAGACGGGGCCAAGUUCAAAACAUUUUACAAAGUAAAUAGUGAACCCUACAUCGGAAUGAUAGAUCCACGGACUGGCGAAGAGGUACAACAAUUUUCAACUUGUGACAUAGAACCAAGUAAAUUUCUAUCCACCUUGAAAAAUUUUCUGAUCGACAACAAAUCACCUAACGGAAAGGAGGUUUCUUUCGUCGAUUCCAGUCUAAUGCGCCCAUCAACCUCGCAGCAGGGCAAUGCAAACGGUUCCAAGCCAUCCACAUCGGGGAAACCUAUUUGGGUUCCAGAUGAUGAAGAGGAAGAAUUUCAAGAAAUUACCGACAGUGAAAGCGACAUGGAACCGGAUACGCCUACUUCAAAGAACGCUACAAAACAAGCCUCGGUACCGACCGAAACGCCCAGCUCUCCAGUUCUUAGCUCCGACGAGGAAGCAUCGCUUCCUGCGGCUGAGAAGACGCGUAUUAUGCUGAAAAUGCCAGGAGAUAUUACCGAGCGUUUGUUUUUCCGUAGCUCCCGAACUGUGGAUCACACGAAAGCGAAAUUGAUGAGCAAGUUCACUGCUCGGUUUGCAGACCACAAAGGAAAAUCAGUCCGGUUCUUCUGUCCAGCUAUCAAAACUGAUUUGGCAUCGUUGGAUGGAAGUAGGACGUUGCUGGAACUAAAGAUUCAUCCUAAUGCUGUGAUUCACGUUACGGUCGACGAUUAAACCACAAAUUCUUCUAUUGCAAACACCUGAGACUCCCUGGGGAGCAAAAUCUAGAGAAUAAGUUUUAGUAUCUGAACCAAUAAAUUAUUAAUGGACAAACACGA